AUGGGGAGUCAAGGCAUUUACCUCGCAGCAUUGCAAUGCGAAACUCUCUUUGAACAGGAUAUUGCUGAGCUCCAGAGCCGACAGGACAGGCUCAACAGCAAGGGCAUUAUUCUAGCUGAAUUCCUCCAAAACAGUCAUGCCAGAUUCAGUGCAUGGGCUUCUUAUAUGGGUGUCUUUGCCGACCCAGAUGUGUCGCUCGAUCAACGUCUGCGAAUAAGCGAACUUAUUCAGCAAAUGGUGCUGGAUAUGCUUGAGGUAUUACGCAGCAACUUAGAUCUAUUAAAGCCUCUUGUGAACCAGAUGAUGAGAAACCUGUUGGAAUAUGAGAGUUCAAGUCUGCACGGCUCAGAUAUACACGAGCUGGAAAAUAAGAUCCAAAAGAUAAAGGAGUCCAUCGAUGGCUCCGUCAGCCGUCUCCAUCGACUCGGUGCAACGAUACGCCAGUCAUCUACGGCAGGUCUCGCCUCUCGGGUGAAAGCGUUUACAGCAAAAAGAUCGACAACCUCUUUGGAGAAAAUCACGGCCCUCAUUGUUUCAAAUCUCCACCCUGGUGCCUCAAUGGACCUCCAGAAACUACUCAGUCGCUCCAUUCUCGAUCGGUAUUUCCGGCUAAAGUACAAACAGCAACAUCAACGGCACUUAUCACAGCGGAGAGCUAUGCCCAAAAUCGAUGAAGCCGGUUCAGUCCUAGAGAUAAGCAAUGAGAAAACCGUCGAGUUCCAACCCAAAGUGCUUCCGAUCCGGAAUCCUCGUGAGUCGAAAGAACAAGCGCCAUCAAAAUCGCAUGGAGAGCGCUCGAAACCAUCAACUCUCCAAGAAAGUCAGGUUUUGAAUGCUAUCGGAGGUACAGAAGCGAGAUCCGUCGCUACAAGCGCUUCCACAGUCCCCAUGACAGACAUUCGAUAUCCGAAGCCUCCAAAACCUGAAAGUCCAUGGGCAGGCCUCAGUUCGUGCGACUGGUGCGCUAUGGCUUUCAAAAAUGCAAAAUUCAAGGAUUCGCGAUGGUGGAGAAAGCACGUAGACCACGACCUGAAACCGUAUAUCUGUCUCGCCAAAGAAUGCUCAGAUAAGGAAGUAGCAUUUGGCAGGUACAGUGCGUGGAGAUCUCACAUGAAUCAGGCACAUUCCACUUCAUGGAUCAAGCAUGUUUGCACUGAGACUCAAUGGAAAUGUGAUUUUGAUGAUACCAUGCACCAUGACGAAGAGUCUCUGAAGAUACAUAUGAAGGAGUCUCAUCAAGAUCUCCUCUCGGAAGAACAGAUCUUCGAAGUCGCGUCCUGGAGUGCGGUUCCUGUCCAGCCAGAUACAGAGAGGUGUCCUUUGUGUCAAUAUUCGCCCCUAGCAGAGCCUAAUAUACCUAGUGCAAGUGAUGAAGAACGGCAACCGUCUACGAGCCAGUCUAAAUCUCUAGGCUCUUCUCUUCGGAGACAGCGGUCCGCUGGAGGCAGGCGCAAAAAGCGUCCCCGGGUCCGGUUUCAUGACAGUCAGCCCAUCGAAUUGGAGGAUUCAGAUGCCGAGUCAUCGGGAAGCACGGAAGUGGACGACAAUGAAAGUUCCAAACGACCAUUGAAUAACGGAAUUCGGUUGGAACGGCAUAUAUCUAGCCAUCUCAAGGCACUUGCUUUUAUGUCUCUACGUCUCGACGCAUUCCAGGCGAAUGAAGAUGGUGAGGACGAUGAAGAUGCGGGUAGUCAUAAGUUCCUAGACGACACUAGUGGAAGCGGCGACAUCAGUGGGUGGGACAGCAACAUCGAUGCCAUGUCUCUAACAUUUGAAGAUGUUGGGAACGAAAUUGAGCUUCCACCUGUCGAUGGCAUUGGAUCGGACGGUGAUUGGUACGGUACAGAUGGUUUGCCUGCUCUAGGCGAGAUGGGAGAGCUUUCGUCGUUGUUUCAUCCAGGUUUUCCGCUUCGGCGAUCGCCAAGAUUUCAACUAAUCCCAACUGACAAUGGGAAGUUUAAAGUUGUAUGGCCAUGGGGGGAAGAGGACUUGGAUUCUGCAGUUUAUCCCCGACGAUAA